AUGGACAGAAGAAGAAGGGGGUUUGUCGUCGUGGGAGCAAGUCUUGAUAAGGUAGUAGGGAUGGGAUGUUGUUCGCGAUCGAACCGAGCAGCGCCGGCCAAUCAACCAACAAGAACCCUCCACCUCAACUACAAGUCCUCGGCAAAGACAAAAGACGGCAGGGAAUUGAAAGUCCGGCGAUAUCCCCAGUUCAACAACCUGAAGGACGAGCGGGCAUACCGCAAGCAACACUUGGCGGCCGCGUUUCGUCUGUUUGCAGACCGUGGCUUCGACGAGGGUGUGGCUGGCCACAUUUCCGUCCGAGACCCAAUCCUCACAGAUCAUUUUUGGAUCAACCCACUCUCCGCACACUUUGCGCUCAUCAAAGUCUCCGACCUGAUUCUCGUCGAUGAGACCGGCCUGGUCGUCGAAGGCGAUGAGCCCAUCAACGCCCCCGCAUUUGCCAUCCACUCCGAGAUCCACAAGGCCCGACCAGACGUGAACGCUGCGUGCCACGCUCACAGCGUCGCGGGAAUGGCCUUCUCGUGCUUCGGCCGCGAGUUGGAAAUGAUCACGCAGGACGCGCUGCGAUUCUAUAAGAGCCAUGGUGUCUACCGGGACUUCAAGGGGGUGGUGCUAGACCAGGAGGAGGGCCAGCGGAUUGUGGAUGCUUUGGGUCGAGGAAAGGCGGUGAUCCUGCAGAAUCAUGGCCUGUUGACGGUGGGGGCUAGCAUCGAUGAAGCGGCAUUCUGGUUCAUCAGUCUGGAUAAGACCUGCCGGGCGCAGCUCUUGGCCGAUGCUGCAGCUGCAGCGGGGUACAAAAAGAUCAUCAGGGACGAGGAAGAGGCUGCUUAUGCGGCCUUGCAGGUCGGCGGACCGGAAAAGGGAUGGCUGGCCUUUCAGCCGUACUAUGACGAGCAGGUUGCGAAGACCAAGGGUGAAUUCCUUCUUUGA